AUGGAGCAGGAGAUGGCUUGUGCUGUCCGCAAUGCUAAGGUUGCUGCUUAUACUCUGGGUACGAAAAUUACUUCAUCUUUUGUGCUGCUCCACAACUUAACAAGCCAUUAUCUAGAUAGCCCCCGUAUGAUCCCACAUGUGUUGAUGGAGAUGGAGGGGGAUGCAAGAACUUUUGUUCCUCAGUUUGAGGAUGAAAUGCUUUUGUUUCACAAUAAUCAGAGACCCCCGGGUCCCUCUGAGCCAUUUGUGCUGUCAGGAAGGGAUGUGCAGGUUCAUCCAAUCAAUCGAUUUUUGCGAGUCUACCAGAGAGAAGGUAUUAAAUUCAUCUAUCAUAACUAUACUAAAUCCAGAGGAUGCAUCUUGGGGGAUGAUAUGGGCCUAGGAAAGACAGUUCAGGUAAAUUCAUACAUCAUUGGUUUCCUGGCUGCAGUUCUCCAGAAAACAGGUACAUGGAAAGAUGUUGAGAACAACAGGCCACAGUUUCUGCUGUCACAAAAAUCAUCAGAACUGUCCAAAAUUCAGAAGGUUUUCCUCAUUGUGGCUCCACUAUCUGUCCUAUACAGCUGGAAAGAUGAGUUGGAUACCUGGGAUUAUUUCAGAGUCGUGGUUGUGCACGGUGUGAGGAAGGAUGAAGAACUGGCAGGUGUGCAAACAAGAAGAUGUGAGGUUGCUCUUACCACUUAUGAGACCUUCAGAAUUUGUCUGGACCAGUUCAACUGUAUUGAUUGGGCUGCCGUCAUUGUGGACGAAGCUCACAAAAUAAAGAACCACAGGUGCCAGAUCACUCAGGCCAUGAAGGAAAUGAGAUGUAAAGUGAGGGCUGGGCUCACAGGAACUGUGGAGGAGCUGUGGUGUGUUAUGGACUGGGCCAUCCCCAGAUGCCUGGGUUCUAUGGCAGGUUUUAAAAACAGGUUUUCAGACCCUAUUGAGCAGGGGCAGAAGCACAGUAUUACAAAAACAGCUCUUGCAGAAUGUCGGAAGGCAGUUCAGGAUUUGGCCAAAAGACAUUCAUGCUGGUUCCUCAGAAGAACUAAGGCCCUCAUCAGUGACCAGCUCCUAAGAAAGAAGACAGACUGGAGCAUCUUGAGGGUGCUGUUAUUGGCAGAUGCUGAGUUACUGGCGCUCUCACAAGAAUGGACGCUGGUUUCUGAAACAUCAGCAAUAGAAAGAAAAGACACAGCUCGCUCUGUUAAUCUCACCCCAGUUCUGCAAAACCUACUUAAUCUCUUUAUCAUGAAGAGAGAAAAAGUUCUACUCUUCUCUCUCUCCACCAAGCUGCUAGAUGUUCUGGAAAGCUAUUGUAUGGCAGAGGGUCUGGAGUUCCGCAGACUGGAUGGAAACAGAGUUAAAGUCAACAGCUCUCGGGACAUAAACCUGUGUCUGGUGUCUACCCUGGCUGGUGGGCUUUGUCUCAACUUCAUUGGAGCAAAUGUGGUUGUGUUGUUUGAUCCAACAUGGAAUCCGGCCAAUGACCUUAAGGCUAUUGACAGAAUAUAUUUCAUUGGCCAGUGCAGGGAUGUUUCAGUUUUUAGACUCAUCUCUUUGGGAACAGUAGAUGAGAUCAUAUACCUGCGCCAGAUUUACAAACAGACCUUUUUUCUUUUUUUUUAACUCCUGUCAGCCAUAGGCAGGGAGAAUGCAUAAUGGUAUUUUGAGCCUGUUCAGGGUACUGACGGCCAGGCUGGAGUAUUUGGCAUCCGCAACCUAUUCCGCCUGCAAACUGAUGGAACCUGCCCAACCCACAACAUCCUGGAGAGGGAGGGCCGAGUGGAGGUGGGGAUCAUGAUGGCCAAAAAACAAGCUGUGGAUGAGAGGAUGAGUAUCCACCCUUUCAAAGACCCAUGUCUGAAACGGUUCUCUUUCCCACCCCUCUUUUUUCCCAUAAUCCCACUGUUCCCACGAUACGACGGCAAACACAUGGUCAUAAUCAACACAAUCUCAAGCUCGAUGGGCAGGAUGUCGAAAAUGUUGAAAUGUUUUGGGGACAUUAAAAUGCACUUACGUCCUCACUUGCCGGACGCCUCGCAGGAUCAAGAUGGCAGAGGUCCAGUCGAUAGUGACAGCAGCGAGCUUCGUGUCGUAGGUCGGGAUAUCUCUAAUAUUUAUGCAGCGCUGACAAACCCGUCUGCUUCCAAGGCUGAUGUGGAACGGGUGUGGGAAAAACUAGAGGAUAUGGAAAAUCGGAGUAUGUGUAGUAAUGUUUGUUUCGUUGAAAUCCCUGAGGGAAAGGAAGGUCAAGACAUGGUGAAGUUUUUGGAGAGGCUUAUUCCGAAUUUGAUCGACACAGCGGACUGGCAGCUCAAAAUUGAGCGUGCCCACAGAGUUUUUGGUCAGCUUUCCAGGGCGGGUGACAGACCCCGAUCUAUCCUGGCAAAAUUCUUGCGGAUCCACAGUCAGCAGAUGUUUCUUCUGAGCGAGCAGGUGGGUCAGCAGUUACUGGAUUCAAGCCCACUGGAGUGUUGGACUUCAGCAGUGCUGGUGAGGAUGAAGAUCCCUGCUGCUCCAGGCCGAGAACCUCAGAACCACACACAACAGAGGAAAUGGGACCUGGUGCUACCUGUAUUGGAAAUUCAGGUCUUUACGAGAAUACAGCUUGGAACAGACAGCAGUGAAGAAGAGUCAAGCAACCAGAGUCAGGAUGAGGAGAACUGGGAAAAGCCCACCAAGGCUAAGGGAGAAAGAUCAAGCACAGGCUGUGAUCUGUCCAGUGAAUCAGAGGAGGAGACGGAGGGAGUCUCUGGAUCUCGAAUGCAGACAAAAUUAGAGCCCACUGCUUGUGUUGGUGGCAAGAAUCAUUUUCACAAACAGGUGAAGUUUGCAGAAAAAAGGUCUGAAGAUGAUAUUGAAAACUUUUCUCCUUCUGAACAUGAACACUGCCCAAAGUUCAGUUGGGUUUACAGGUUUAAAGAGCCGAAAUAUGCUGCAAAAACACCUGGAUCUGACAAGACCCAGCUCAGAGAAGGGCACACUGGAACCAUAGACUCAUUAUUAGGUGGACUUGUUCAGCAUGUGAGCUACACCCAGUCUAAUCAGAAGGUAGUGGGCUCAAGCAGAGUUGAAGACCGCCUGAGCCAUGCUGCUGUACGAGAUGUGUUUGAACCGAACAAGGAUUUAUCAGAGAUCAUAGCGAUGGACAGAACCCACAUAGAGCUUCUGGUUGCACACUACACCAAAAGCUCUUACCGGCAGAAAAAUCUGACUAUCAUUGUAGGCGAGACACCCAGUAGCAUCUGCAGACAGAGAACUGGAAAGAUGGCUCAGUUCUUUGGAGUUGACUCAGCGCAGGACUUUGCAGAAGAGAUUCUGAAAAGCAAUUCUGAGCAGAGACUAAGCCGAUUACGGCACUUCUAUGGCCAGAAGAACCCUGAAAUCAAGGACAUUAUCAAAAAGACCUUUUCUAAACCCAACGCUGAGCCAAAGCCACCCACAUCACCGGCACCCGCUACGUCCGGUCCAGACAGACAAAGACCUACCUCAAAAAGAGCCCACCCAACAAGCUCGGCUCGGCAAGAUGAGAUCCCAAACCCUAAAUUUGAGGAUCAGAAAGGAACAUCAAAGAAAAUGAGAAUGUGUGGUAGAGAACCCCCUGAGGUUCACCACCAUUGUAGUACAGACCUCACAAACAAGAAAAUUAAGACCUUGUCCUCUGCAAAUGACUCAGACCAAAGUGUAAACAGAGUCUCUUCAUUCCAGUCAACAAGCUCUGGACAUCUUCCUCAGAGGAGCCGUGCACCAACAGGAGAAAGUGAUAUCAACAAUGCCAGUUUCUCACCAGCCAGACAUCCUUUCAAGGACCAGGAAUACCCUUCAUGGUCAUCUCCUGUCCCCAAAAGUGAUUGCGCCCCAUCAAGCUCAAACAAGAACUACUGCUCCCUCAUCAGUGACCUUAUAGAUGAUACAUCCAUUCUGAAUGACUUGUUCAAAUCAAAGAAGAAAAGUGUAGAGCAGCUGAGAGAAGCAACAACAUCCACAUGCAAAAAGAGAAAUGAGUAG